AUGCGGGUACCUCACGUUAUCUCUGCUCUUAUCUCUGCUGAGCUUCAUGAGAACUUCCUCUUGACAACUCCCAAUAUGGCGCCGUCAGUAGAAAUUGCGAUACCUACUACCUCUCUAUCGCCUACCUCUCCUCAGCACACCGUAUACCAUGUCACUCUACGCCUCCCACUUCGCUCCUUCACCGUCUCCAAGCGCUACUCCGACUUCUCAGCCUUCCACACUACGCUGAUCAACCAAACCAAUGCCCAACCCCCAGCUUCUCUCCCCGCAAAAUCCUGGUUCUCCAACACAGUCUCCAAUGAAAGCUUCCGCGAAGAGCGCCGAAUAGGUCUGGAGGAAUAUCUUCGUGCCAUAAAUGAAUCCGAAGAUGGACGCUGGCGCACAUGUCCCGCGUGGCGAGCAUUUCUCAAUCUUCCAACUGCCGCAGCUUCUACAGUAGCCACUACGGGUAAUACCUCGGCAAGACUCCACGCCGCAAUCACGGACCCUGGAAAUGCAUCUAACACCGCAAUCACCGAUCCAACACUCUGGCUUGACUACUUCCGGGAUAUGAAGGCUCAUCUCCAUGAUGCCCGUCUUGCUCUUUCGCGCCGAGAUCAGGAAACUACUCCGCAGAAACAGCAUGAAAGUUCUGCCCAAGCAAAAAGUAGUCUUGUCCGUGCGGGAUCUAUGAUAACUACUUUGGAAGAAGGUCUUCUGAAUCUAAGUGGUCGAGGGGCACAGGCACCGAAGACUCAGUCCACGGCUUCGCUUGGUGAAGGAGAACUUCGUCGCCGAAAAGAUUUGCUGAUUAAUGCCCGGAAAGAGAAAGAUGGGUUGGAGGAUUUGCUUCAUGCUAUGGCGGCGAAGAGCAAGAUUGAUUAUGCGAUUGCCUCGAUUCAGGAUAAAGAGGCGCUGAUGAAGGCGGGUAGUACCCUGGGGGAUAGUGGUGGCCGUCGCACCCCGGCAAAAUCGGGAAGAGUCCUCGGCAAGGAAACGGAGCGGACUCGUGAGCUUGAUAACGAUGGAGUCUUGCAAUUGCAGAAACAGAUGAUGAAGGAUCAGGAUACGAGUGUUGAGGAAUUGAUGAAGGUUAUUAUUCGGCAGAGGGAGCUCGGGACUGCGAUUCAUAAUGAGUUGGAGGUGCAGAAUGAGUUGCUCAAAAUGGCAGAUGAGGAUACUGAUCGUCUGAAAGCCAAGCUCGACGUUGGCAAGAAGCGUAUUGGUAGGAUUUCUUAA